AUGUGCGGAGUUUAUCUCUUUUUAUUGAUGGCCAAAGUCAUUGCUGGAUUCAACGAUUUCCCGUCCCUGAUCACCGCGAACGCGACCAUGGCCGUAGUCAUCGACAGGAGUUUUUUUGCGGACAGCUCCGACUUCGAGGAGGUCUCCAGAGAGAUCUCCGAGGUCAUGAAGAAAGCAGUCAAGGAGCAAAUGCGCAAUGGCGGCAUCGAGAUCAGGGUCUUCCUGGACACCAGCGUCAGUCUCCGCCAAGAAUAUUCGGUGCUUUUCUCUAUUGCGACCUGUCGAGAGACGUGGAAACUCUUCAAGCUCGCGCGAAAGGAGAACCUGGUCCACCUUGCGGUGACUGAGCCUGACUGUCCUCGACUGCUCAAGGACGAAGGAAUAAGCGUCCCCGCAACAAAACCUGGAGAUGAGCUGCCCCAGAUCCUGAUGGACCUGAGGAUGACCGGUGUCCUGGUUUGGAAGAAGAUCAACUUGUUGCACGACCAGAGCUUCGGUAGGAAAACCUCCCUGGAGAUGAAUGUAGAGAGAAGAGAUACCAUCAGCAGGGUGUUGCGUUCCCUCUCCAGUGAGCUCCCCAACAAGGAACGAGCUGUGUCGUCCGUAUCGGUCUUCGACAUCAAACCAGAGACUUCCGAUUGGGCCAUGAGAAGACAGUUAAUGAAGACUCUCUCAGGUUUCCACACCAGGACGGAGAAUUGCUUCCUAGUGAUCGUUACCCUGAAAAUGGUCGCCGACGUGAUGGAGGCGGCGAAUUCCCUAAAGAUAGUCCAUCCUGCAACCCAAUGGCUGUACAUCGUGACGGACACGACAGAAAAAGACGCCAACAUGUCUACGUUCAUCGAUUUCCUGCCCGAAGGAGCUAACAUUGCCUUCCUGUAUAAUUCCUCGAAGCUAGACAACGCAUGCAACGUAGGCUUGACGUGCCAUAUCAAGGAGAUCGCCAGAGCCUUGGCGAAGAGCUUGGAGGAUUUGCUGAGGAAGGAGAUCAACCUGUUCAAGGAAGUCACUGAUGAGGAAUUCGAAGCCACCAGGCCGACGAAGCUCGAAAGGUCGCAGAAAAUUCUUCAAAACAUGAACGAGGAUUUGUCCGCGACAAGGUCGGCUUCGGGAGGCACCUGUAGUCGCUGCUUGGUCUGGAGACUCAGUUCCCCAAUUACGUGGGGAAACACUUUCGUCCACGAAGACAUGGUCACGGAUCGAAUGGUCGAGUCCGGGUCCUGGACCCCAGGACCAGGUCCCAACAUGACGGAUGUCAUCUUUCCUCACGUGUCCCAUGGGUUCCGGGGCAAGAUUCUGCCAAUGGUGACCUACCAUAACCCUCCGUGGCAAAUGGUGACUUUUAACGAGUCCGGACAGCCGGUUUACGAUGGACUCAUUUUCGACAUCAUAAAGGAGCUCAGCUUGCGGUUGAACUUCACAUACGCGGUCGUUAUACCCUCGGACAGAAGGGAGCGGAAACUGGCCAAUCGAAUGCACCAGGUCAACGUCAUUAAGGAGCGACUGGAUGAGGCUCUGACGGGCGGAACCAACACCGUUUCCGAAAAAGUGAUGGAGCUGGUCCGCACCCAGAAGGUUCUCCUGGCAGCCUGCGCCUACACGGCCACUGAAAAUCGCAAAACCACCAUAAACUUUACGGUUCCAAUUUCGAUGCAGACUUAUACCUUGCUCUCGGCCAAGCCAAAGCCGCUGUCCAGGGCUUUGCUCUUCACCUCGCCUUACGCGACGGAGACCUGGGCCUGUCUGGCUGGCACCAUUAUCGUAAUAGGGCCAAUCUUGUACCUGAUGCACAAGCUCAGCCCAAGUCAGACGAAUAUUCAGGUGGCCAUGGGACUCGGCUCGCCUUGGGAGUGCGUGUGGUACGUCUACGGUGCCCUCCUUCAGCAAGGUGGGAUGCAUCUGCCGCAAGCUGACAGUGCCAGGUUGAUAGUUGGCACCUGGUGGUUGGUCGUCAUGAUCGUGGUGUCGACUUAUUCCGGGAGCCUGGUAGCCUUUCUGACUUUCCCCAGGAUGCAUCCUUCGAUCAGCACCGUGGACGACCUUCUGGCUCAGAGAGACCAGGUGACCUGGGGCUAUCCUCAAGGUAGCUUCUUGGAACUCUACCUGGAGGGUUCUGAAGAAACUAAAUACAGGGAUCUGUUAAUUGGCGCCGAGAAGUAUAACUCCUCCGAUGAUGAGGAUAUCGUCAGGCGAGUCAGGGAAGGUAGGCACGUUCUCAUCGAUUGGAAGAACUCCCUGGCCGAGUUGAUGAAGAGGGAAUAUCUAAGGUCUGGCAGGUGCGAAUUUAGCCUGAGCAACGAGGAAUUCAUGUUCGAGCCUAUCGCCAUGAUCGUUGCUCAAGACAGCCCCUACUUGCCCAUCAUAGAUGCCGAAUUAAAACGUAUGCUCGAAGUCGGCCUCAUCGGGAAGUGGACCUCCAACAGGAUGUCCACGGAAGACAAGUGCUGGGACAGACUAAGACUCGUCCAGGAGGCGACCAAUCAUAAAGUCAGCAUGGACGACAUGCAGGGCAGCUUCUUCGUCCUUGGCAUCGGGUUCGUAGCGGCUAUUUUAAUCCUGAGCUUCGAGUUCUACUGGCACAUGCGAGGGACUGCAAAGGAACGCGGCCUGAUUCGUCCUUUCGUGUCUUAA